GGAAUUCGAGCGCCAGGUGCUUGAUAACCUGUCUGGAAGCUCCCUUCGAGCCCUCACCACGUCCGGCAUUGGCGACCUUACCAAACAUCAAAUCCGAAGUCGCUCGGCGCGCAAUCGAUACACGACCGCGCUAUGUCAGUCUGGAAUCCCGAGAAUGUCACAGACGUGGCAGAGUCCGUCGGCAUCGCUUCACUCAACCGCGAUGUGGCAGAGCACCUAGCAAGAGACGUGGAAUACCGAAUCAGUCAGGUUCUGGAGGAAGCGCUGAAGUUCAUGCGCCAUGCGAAGCGGACAACACUCACAACACAAGACAUUUCACAAGCGCUACGGCUACUGGAGGUAGAGCCAUUGUAUGGAUACGAGUCGACACGGCCGCUGCGAUUUGGCGAGGCAUCAAUAGGUCCUGGCCAGCCGUUGUUCUACGUGGAAGACGAGGAGGUGGAUUUCGAGAAGCUCAUCAAUGCGCCGCUACCGAAGGUUCCACGUGAAAUCAGCUUCACUGCGCACUGGCUGGCGGUGGAAGGUGUACAACCCAGCAUACCACAAAAUCCAACACAAGCAGAUCAGAGGAACCAGGAGCUGGCCGCGAAAGGACAAGGCGCAAACACCCUCGCAGCUGUCAGCGGCAACGACAACGUGGCCGUCAAGCCUCUGGUCAAGCACGUCUUGUCGAAAGAACUUCAGCUCUACUUCGAAAGAAUAUGCUCGGCGAUCCUGGACGAGCUCAACGAGGAAUACCGCACAGCUGCUCUCGCAUCACUACAAACAGAUCCUGGCAUCCACCAACUCGUCCCCUACUUCAUCCAAUUUGUGGCAGACAAAAUUACGCACAACCUCAAAUCUCUCUUCAUCCUUACACAGAGCCUGCAGCUCAUCAAUGCGCUACUGGAGAAUCGGAGCCUCUUCAUCGCGCCCUACGUGCCGUCCAUCAUACCCUCAGUCCUCACCUGCGUGGUCGGCAAGCAUCUUGGAUCUGUCUCCGCCGACGGGACUACUGUGCACUUCUCGCUUCGUGACUACGCGAGUAGCAUUCUCUCUGGCAUCGCGCGAAAAUACGGCUCCAGCUCAUCGACCCUGAAACCUCGCAUCGCCCGCUCGUGCCUGAAGCACUUCCUCGACUCUCACAAACCAUUCGGCACACACUACGGCGCUGUCCUCGGUCUCACCAUGAUCGCAGGAGCAGCAGGCGUACGCUCACUUAUCUUACCAAACCUCAAAUCCUACGACGAGCAUCUCCGUGGAGGGCUGAAAGACGAAUCGAAAAGCGAGCAGGCCGAGUAUGUCGUUGGAGCAAUCAUGCAGGCGCUGGCCACAUUGGAGCAGGAUGCGGUCGGAGCGGCUCAUGCGAAUGGCCACCCUGAAGGCGACGCGCUGAAGGAGAGGUUGACCGAGCAAGUCGGCGAAACGAUCGCCACUAGGAUUGUCGAGAGCGGGCGGCAGGGUCUGAUCAAUGCUGUUUUGGAGAAGGAUCUUACGAUCUGA